AUGGUUGUUGGAAGGAACGGUGAUGCCAUUGUUGAUGCAUUGAGGAUGUUGGCUGGAUCUCUUGGUCAGAUUCCUCAAGGGAAAUUCCAGAGGAACAAUCCGCCUAUCUUUGAGGGUGAACAUGAACCUAAUAAGGCACAAGCUUGGUUGAAGGCAAUUGAGAAGAUCUUUCGGAUUAUGAAUUGUAUUGAUUUGCUGAGAGUGCAAUUUGGUACUGACAUGCUCAUAAGGAAGCUAAGGAUUAGUGGGGUAACACUUCUUAGAGGUUUGGAGAAGAGGAACUAUUUUCCGGAAGAUUUUCAUGGGAAGAAAGAGGUGGAAUUUCAUGAGUUGAAGCAAGGGAAUGGAAUUGUGGCAGAGUAUGCUGAAAAAUUCCAAGAGUUGAUCAAGUAUUGUCCUCAUUACAAUACUAUGAAUGCAAAGAUGUCAAAGUGUUUGAAGUUUGUGAACGGUUUGAGGCAUGACAUUAAGAAGGCUAUUCGUUACCAACAGAUUACUCGCUUUGAGGAAUUGGUUAACAAGAGACGCAUUUAUGCCGAGGAUAGUAGAGAGAGUGCUUCUCACUACAAGGUUUUGAAUGAUGGAAAAGGAAAAGGUCAAUAUCGUGGAAAACCAUACGAUGAUAAGAAGAAGAAAUAUGGUUAUGACCGAAAGCCAAAUGAGGGAGGAACUAGCGCUCCGGUUAAGGGCUUCAAGUGUGGUGUCGAAGGACAUCGUGCUAAUGAAUGUAACAAGAAUUCUGGAAAGUGUUUCGAGUGUGACAAGCCGGGUCACAAAGCUGUGGAUUGUAGGAGUGAUUCAGGUGUGACUUGCUACAAUUGUGGUGAGCAAGGGCACAUUAGUAUCAGGUUUGACAAACCAAAUAAGGAGCAAGCGAAAGGAAAAGUGUUUUCAUUGUCUGAUGUUGAUACCACUGUUGAUGAUAGGCUAAUCUAA